CCUCCACCCAUGCGCCCCCUCCCAAUCUCCAUAGCCUCCAACAACCAACUCCAUCUCCUGCCUCCUGCAACUAGUCCUGCCAGUGCGCCGCGUCCGCCGCCAGUGAAUGCCGUCCGCAAGGACUGCCCCUGGCCCCUUUGCUCCGGCGCUCCUCGGUCGUCCCCGGCCCUUUGCCUGGUCGCUAGGGACGUGCUGCUCCACGCCUGCUCCUGCCGGUGGCCGCCGCCUGCCGCGCCGGCUCUGGCGCUUUGCUCCUGCCAAUCCCGGGCUGCUCGCCUGCUCGGCCGGACUCUGCCGCCCAGGACAGGACUUGCUGUCAACAAACAGCAAGCAGGCUGGGACAGGGAAAAAGAAGAGGAAGAUAUAUUUCAUUGCAAGUUUCAACACCCAGUGUUUCAGUUGGACUGAAUCAACUCCACAAAUUGGAACAACCAUAGAUUGGACCACCGCCUUUGGCUUCAAACAACCCGCCUUCAAUCUCAACUCGAGAAAGGCGAUGGAUCGAGGUUGGAUGAGUCAACCAAGAGCUAGUGCUGCUUACAAAGAUGGUGUCGAACAAUUUCUGUCUUUUGCAUUCCAUGAUGUUCCAGCUGGUGAUAGAAUUCUCUGUCCUUGUGUAAAUUGCCGAAAUAAAGCUAUGCAGAGUUAUGAUGGAGUGAAAACUCACUUGAGAUGUGAUGGUAUUCUUCAAGGUUACACUAAGUGGGUUUGCCAUGGAGAGGAUUACAGUGAACCAUCAUUUGCAUUUGCUCAUGUAUCAGAUAACAGUGGCAAUUUUUCUAUUCCUGGCAUCCCAAGGAAUGUUGUUGGAGAAGGCAACCAUGGAAGGAUGGAUGACAUGCUAGGACUCUUAAGUGCUGUCUUUGCUAUGGCUAACAGUUGUGAAUCUUUAUCAAGCACAUCUGAUGGUGAAUUAGAUGCGUUGAAUUUGAGAAUAUGGUACCUAAUUCAGUUGAGGAUGAGAAUGCAGAUGCUCAAACAAGGAAGAAACCUAAUACGUAUGCAAGCUUCUUGGAGGAUGCAAACACAGAGUUAUACCCUGGAUGUAAAGCAUUUUCUAAGUUGUCAUUUCUCAUCACCUUGUAUCACAUGAAAUGCUUACAUGGAUGGUCACAAGAAUCA